AUGGGUAAAGUACUGUUUGUGACGGCUCUGGCCCUGCUGCUGCACGCGCAGCUUGGCUCAUCUUAUAUCCUGUCAUGCUACUUCACAAACUGGGCGCAGUACAGACCACCUCCAACCAUUUAUAUGCCCACUGACAUUGACCCCUGCCUGUGUACCCAUCUCCUGUAUGCCUUCGCCACCAUUAAGAACAACCAGCUGGCAACCUAUGAGUGGAACGAUGUGGAGCUUUACGGUCAAUUCAACGCCCUGAAGAACAAGAAUGGAAACCUGAAGACUCUUCUGUCUGUUGGAGGAUGGAACUUUGGCUCUACAGGAUUUUCAAAUAUGGUGUUGAGCUCUGCCAACCGCCAGACCUUCAUCAACUCCGUCAUCACAUUCCUGAGGAAGUAUGAGUUUGAUGGGCUUGACAUUGACUGGGAGUAUCCAGCCAACAGAGGAGGCUCUUAUCAGGAUAAGCAGUACUACUCUGUUUUCCUGGAGGAGAUGAGAGCUGCCUUUGAGAACGAGGCCAAGCAGAGCAACAAGGCUCGUCUUCUGAUGUCUGCUGCUCUGUCGGCUGGAAAAGCCACCAUUGAGUCUGCUUAUCAGAUUCCCAAGCUUGGCCAGAGCCUGGAUAUGCUCAACAUCAUGACCUAUGACUUCCAUGGCUCUUGGGACCCCAUGACCGGCGAGUGCAGUCCCCUGUUCAGAGGCCCUGAGGACCAGGGUGGCUUCAUCUAUUUCAAUAUCGACUAUGCCAUGAACUACUGGAAGAGCCAAGGAGCCCCAGCUGAGAAGCUCAUUGUUGGAUUCCCCACAUAUGGCAACACCUUCACUCUGAGGAACCCUGCCAACCACGGUGUUGGAGCACCCAUUGCUGGUGCUGGAACUCCAGGAAAGUACACUCAAGAGGCUGGAGAGCUCGCUUACUUUGAGAUCUGCGGCUUUUUGAAAGAUGGAGCCACUGAGGUUUGGAACCAGGCCCAGGAUGUGCCAUAUGCCUACAAGGGGAACCAGUGGGUGGGCUAUGACAACAUGAAGAGCUUCCAGAUCAAGGUUGACUGGCUGAAAAAGAGCAACUUUGGAGGAGCCAUGGUGUGGACAAUUGACAUGGAUGACUACAUGGGCACUUUCUGCAACCAGGGAAAAUACCCACUGAUUAAUGUUCUCAAAAAGGGCCUUAAUCUGGAUGAUGCAUCCUGCGCCCCUCCUGCCACUCCCCUUCCUCCAAUCGCAGGUAUGAGCACAACUGGAGGCAGCUCUGGAGGCAGCUCCGGAGGCAGCUCUGGAGGAAGCUCCAGCGGCGGCUCCAGCAGCGGCAGCUCCUCUAGUGGGGACUCUGGCGGCAUGGACAGCGGGUUCUGCUCUGGAAAGGCCAAUGGCAUGUACCCCGACCCAACUAACAAAAACCAUUUCUACAGCUGCAGCAAUGGCCAAACCUACUUUGGGAAAUGUGCUGCUGGCCUGGUCUUUGAUCCCUCCUGUUCUUGUUGCAAUUGGCCCUAAAGCUGAGGUUAUAGAUUGACUGGUUAACCGUUUAAAGGCUGGAUGACUCUGUUUUACAUUUGUUCUUAGUUCUCAGAGUCCAACUUCACUGAAUGCAAAGUCCUUGCUUCCAUGUUGGAUGCUUAACAGUGUAAAACCAGAGGUUGUCCCCUUGACUGGUUAAAUUUGAAAGCAGAGAAA